UUAAAAUGGAUUUUGACACGGUGUAUACAUAUUAAAUGUGCUUUAUGAAUACAGCCGUACAACAUGAUACAAUAUAUAAAUGUAAUGCACGUGAUAUUUGGUUUGGUCGUAACCUUUGCAUGGGUAAGGUCUAUCCUACGGAGCCAUCGAUUUCAGGUAGCAUUUUAUUCUGAAAUUGUCGGUAUCGCGUACGCAUGCUCUAUGUGUUGAUGUGUGUAACUACCACAGACUACUUCCGGUGUUGUGUGUUAUUCAGACAUGAUUUCAGGGUCUGUUUGCGCGUUGUUGGCCGGCUCUCUGGGGGCCGCUGCCUCGCUGUCUGCCAAGCUGUCCCUCGGUGCGGACUACUUGAGAGACAUGUGUGAGUCGAGGCUCAGCGGAGCUUCAGCCUGUGACUGGCUCCACAUCCCACUGCGGCUGCUGUGCGCCGGCCUGCUCGUCGCCUGCAACGCCGUCAUGUGGACCUUCUUCUCCAAGGCCCUCCGGCACUGCUCCUCCUCGGCCAGUGCUACGGUCACUACCUCUGCAUCCAACUUCAUCUUCUCAGCCGUCCUGGGGAGGCUCGUAUUUGGAGAGAGCCAUGCAGCUCUCUGGUGGGCGGGAAUCUCUCUCACGCUGUGCGGACUGCUGCUGCUUCACGGAGCCGCGCCGCAGACCGCCUCGUCGGAGGAGGGCAAGAAGGACCAGUAGCUCACUGAGAGACACAAUGUGACACUGGGCCAUGUCCCAGAACCGAUGGUACAUCCCAUCAGGGAAAACCAACACACACACACCAGACCCUUGUUGCAGCACGUUGAAGGACCCUGAUUGCUUUGUAUCUUUUUUUUUUCUUUUUCAGAAUAAAAAACUGGUUAAUAUAUUAAGUAAUUUUUUUUAUUUUACUUUGGUACCAUUUAGUUAGUCGCAAAUAUGACGCUGGUAGAAAGCAAUACACAGAGAAACAAUGAAAUAUUUAGAAAAUACAUUUCUGAAAACUUGUGGUUGCUAGUCCUGUUUGAAUUUCAUCAAUUUUAUUGUAAAUACUUUGUAAUUUAAAGAAAACGGCAACAUCUUUUUUUCAAACAGUGAUUGUAAUGUACAAAUAUAUGAAAUAUGUUUUGUUUUAGAAUUUAAAAAAGAAACCCACACAAUUUGUUAAAAUACUGUAAACGUGAUGCAACACGAGCGGCCCCACGACACCAGCAGCCUUGUUAAAGCCCCUAUCCAGUGGUUUACCCUCAUAACACCCUGCUACGCCUGUUCCACAUGUACAACCGGCUGAGAGCUGCCCCACCCUGCUACGCUUCCAUGUUAAGGCAGAAAGUGAAUUAAAAUCCUCAGACGACAAA